CUCUCCUUUGGCCCACUUACAUGGCGCUUACUUUCCUUUUCGCUGCUCUUCUUUGCGCAGUCGGUGGAGCCUCUGCUGAGUCCCACACAGUUCGAUUCGACAAUCGAUGUGGUUUUGGAACACCCCAGCUAAUCCAAGGGGGCGAUGUGCUUACCACGACCAGUUACACCAGCGAUGGACAACUCUCAGCUGCUAUCGCAUAUUUACAGCACGGAUCUCAAUGCGGGUUCAAUGGUGAAAACUGUUCGCUGGUAGAGCUGACCAUGACGAACCCGGUUGUCGCUGGCGGCGGCUCUUCUGCAGACAUCUCGCUCAUAGACCCGUACGUUAUUUAA